AUGUCUCGAAUGGCGCCGCCCGGCAUGACUAGAGUUGAUGACUACGAUCCUGGUCUUGCACCGGACAAGCUUCCUCCUGUUACAGAAAUCUAUCCCCAGGUUCUGGAAUAUCUCGAUCACCCAGAGGCUCAUACGGAUCAGUUUGACCAACUGCCGCAUUUCAGGAACCAAUUGGGGUUAAUUAUGAAAGAGAUUGAGUCUUAUCGAUCCUUGCUCCAAGACCAAGCCAAUCUCAGAGAGGAGCAUCUGCGACUACAGACCGAGAACUCGAAGUUCAGAGCAUAUCUCAAUUCCAGCCUUGCACCCCGAGAGCCCGCCGUUGCAAGCCCUUCAGCAUUUUCACACAACAGCCCAAGACUACCAACAGAAACGAGAGGCAAAUCGUGGGAUAAUAUUGCCCUUGAUUUGAUAUAA